CCGAGCAUGCCAGCGGUGCUUGCCCUGGAUUGGCCAGGCGGUUGUCAGGAGUGUUUACAGGAACUAUGGCUUCCCUGUCCACUGGAGAACCUCAAGAAAUGGAAGUCGACCGGAGGGGUGAGUCUGAGGAGUCUGGUGAUGAUGAGACCCGCAGGAAGAGCAUCAAUGGUGAGGUGGACCCCAAUCAGCCCACUACCACAAGCAAGGAAGAGUCCCCUGUUGACAUGGACACCAUAACCCUGGACCCAGAGGAAGAGGAUGUUGAUCUUGUCCACUGUCGUAUUGGAAAGAUUGAAGGAUUGGAGGUGCUUCAGAAGGCUAAAACGCUCACCUUAAGACAGAAUCUCAUCAAAAAGAUAGAGAACCUUGACAGUCUGAGCUCACUGCGGGAACUGGAUCUCUAUGACAAUCAGAUCCGCAAACUGGAGAAUCUGCAGAACCUUACAGAAUUGGAGCAGCUCGAUGUGUCCUUCAACAUCCUACGGAAGGUGGAGGGUCUGGAGAACUUGACUCGUCUAAAGAAACUCUUUCUUCUUCACAACAAAAUCAGCUGCAUUGCCAACUUGGAGCACUUCACAGGCCUUGAGAUGCUGGAGCUGGGCUCCAACCGCAUCCGGGUAAUAGAGAACUUGGACACACUCACCUCUUUGCAAAGUUUGUUCCUUGGCACCAAUAAGAUAACUCAGCUUCAGCAUCUAGAGGGUUUACACAACCUGACUGUUCUUAGCAUUCAGAGUAACCGCAUUACGAAAAUUGAGGGUCUGCAGAGCCUUGUCAACCUGAGAGAGCUCUAUCUGAGCCACAAUGGCAUUGAGGUCAUUGAGGGCUUGGAGAACAAUAAAAAGCUCACAACUCUGGACAUCGCAGCCAAUCGAGUAAAGAAAAUUGAAAACAUCAGCCAUCUGACAGAGCUACAGGAGUUCUGGAUGAAUGAUAAUCAGAUAGAAAACUGGUCGGAUCUCGAUGAGCUGAAGAAUGCUAAAAGUCUGGAGACGGUCUAUCUUGAGAGGAACCCGCUGCAGAAGGACCCUCAGUACAGGCGAAAGAUCAUGCUGGCUCUGCCCAGCGUUCGCCAGAUCGAUGCUACCUUCAUCCGCUUCUGAGCUGCAGUGUCAUGUUUCGUCCGCCAACUUCACAGUGUUCUCCCUCACCACCCCGCCCGCCCUGCCUCCCCACGAAACGGACCUCAUUUUGAAACAUAUUGGCCUCACAGACACUUGCCUAUGUGCACACAAUCAUAUUUGCCCAGACACAAAUGUACAUACAUGCAUACAUUCCAACAUUAACUUCACCCAUCGCUCACGCACUUAACACGCAAACAUACAUGUACGCAUGUAUGCACUCAUACACAACUUGAUCUAUGCUAUUGUGUGAACGCUUCUUAAUUUAUUAGGCUGGAUAUGAGCUGCGGAAACAAGAUAUCAAAAGGUUAACUUUAUCCUUCCAUUUCUUCAUUUUUUUCCUCCUGCCCUUACUAGCUAUUUUUAUUUAUUUUUUUUUUGCAUGUGGAGUACAGUAUGGGAUGGAGGCUCACUCUGUCCUCAUCCCCGCAGUACCCAUUAGAAAAAUAAGACAUCAGUCUUAUUUAUCACAUCAUUAUUUAAAUUGCACUGCAGUUUACGAGAGAAAAGGGUGUCAGUCUUACUGCGUGAGGGAUUUGGUGAGUAUGAAUCCUUUGUUUUGACAGGAUGAGACUGGUCUCAUAUAGUACCGAGCACUGGGUGUAUGGAUGACGCUUCUGAAAAGAGGAGCACUGAACUCAUAAACCUCAAGAUGACUUAAAGGGAAGAAUCCAUUUUAAAACAGAAUUUACACGUGUUAACCCUUGGGAUGUUAUAUAUUUUCGCACUUGAUCUCAACACACAUUUUCUGCUCCAAACACAAUGUCCUGAGACAGGUACCAAAUGUUGCAGUCUUGAAAUAUUUCAGAUUAAAUUUCCAAUGCCAUAUUGACACCCUGCCGUUCAUUUCAUUUGAAAGCAGUUCAAUAAAGUGGCAAUUACUUACAUCGGUCUCCUUUAUGGCAAAACCUGAUGUAGCUGUUAAAACGUAAUUUCUGGUUCUGAUGUGAGGCAAGUUUUGCUGUUCAACUGGCUUGACUAGCUCGUCAGCAGAGGUUUUACAGGAUAUAAUCCCAAUUUCUGGUUGACAACAGUGACCGCUACAGUGAAAUAAAGCUCAUUUGAAUGUAAAAGCAUUUUAUGUGUCCAUAGAGUUGGUCUCCAUUUCAUAGGCAGUGAAGCCAGAGGGUUUUUUUUUUCCUUGAAAACAUUACUGAUCACAGCAUUCUCUCUCUGGUCUCAAACUUUUGUGAAACAGUUGUUCUUAUUCACCAUUAUUAGUUGAGUUUCUGAUAUAACGCUAAUGUGUAAAUUAUUUUUAAAGAUGGAUUACCAUAAAAAGAAUGAACUGCUCUCAUAGGAACUGCUAAUUGCAAUUUUAAAACAGUUGACGCUAUGCCUUUUCUUUUUACACAUUGUUUUGAAAACUAAAAUACUGAGAUGUAUUUAUGGCACUGCAGAGAUAUCUUAUGUAAUACUCCAUAAUUGGCCUUCGUAAUAAUGUUGCUUCCAUAGGAAAAUUGAUGGCAUAUAUUUGUCGGCCCUGUUUGCCAACAAGUUUUGAUUUGUUAGUUGAUCAAACCCUAAGAUGACUUAUCCCCGUGGUCUCUUGUAUAUAAUGCUUGAGUACACUUGAUUUACUCUAUUACAAUUAAAGAGAUGCAUCUUUUAUAUAAGACUCAUUUUCUGCCUCAGGACCUAAAGGUUGUACAUGAAUACCGUUCAGUGAAAUCAGAUCACAUGCGUUCAGCAAAACAGACUGAAUUUGUAGAGCGUUGUAUCGUUUAAUGCAAUGAUGGUGAAUGAAAAGUGAGAAAGUAAGAUUUUUUUGUGUGUGUGCAAUAUAUUACACUGACCAUUAUAGUUUUUUUUCCUUGCAUCUACAAUCCAUAGGCCCACAAAACCAUAAAGUAGUGGCCUGAGUUUCUAUCCCACAGUUUGCUCCUAGAGGCAAUGAUGAUACCAGUGUCACAUUUAAAGAUAGUUACUCUGAUUCUGUAUUUAUCUUAGACUGGGACUUCUGAGCUGCCACUCACUUGCUGCUUGUCCUGCUUUAUAUCCAUGGGUUUAUAUGGUAAAAUGUCUUACACCAGGGGUUUUCAAACUUGUUCAAGUUCUGGACCCCCAAGUUGACUCACAUUAGACCCUGGACACCCCACUGACAGAAAAAAACAAAAUGAAACGCAGAAAAUCAGAUUUUUUGUGUUUUAAUACUUGUAAAAGGUGCCUGAGUACAGCCUGAUUGAAAUUAAAGUGAAAUUCAACUAUUCCUCAUUUUGCUGAGGACUCCCUGUAAUACCCUGAGAGACCCCUGGGGGUCCCCGAACCCCACUUUGAAAACCUCUGGCUUAGGACCAUCGCUCAUUUGUCGAUGGUUUAUGAAUAUGGGCCAAGGGAUAUUUAUUUUUAAAUUCAAGCCAUAUGCUGGAGCUAAACGACGUGUGACAUUAUAUGCUUUAGGACCAUGAACGUGAUAUUAUAUACAUAUGCAGCAUGCAGUCAGAUUUGUCGGGUUGGAAGUGUUACACAAAUACUUUUGAAUUCUUGAUAUGACACUAGGAAGUCAGUGCCACCCCCCUCCCCACAUAAAAGUGAAACCCGAAAUCAUUGCAUGUAUUUUUUUUAGUUGUUUAUUUAUGGCAGGUUGUACGAUUUUCUUCUUGUGAAUUAAUUGAGAUGACACUUAUUUCUCCUCGAAUGAGCAUUUCUAGGUGCUAGUAAAGUGUUGAUCAGGGGCUUCAGGUUUUGGACUCGGUUGACUGUUUCUGAAAUGAAUGUACUAUACAAAUAAAUAAUAAUAAAGUGACACUACUUAAAAUA